AUGCAGGUAUGGUGGUCCGUGACAGACAGGAAGCUGUGUUCAGCACGCUGGAAGCCUGAACUGCACAGUUCCGUGCUGCGGCUUCAGAUUUUGAACGGCAGAACAGAGCCCUGGGCUGCGCUGCGCUGCUCCCGCCUGGCAGCCGCUGUCCCCCGGUAUCGGCUGGGCCGGUGCCACCGCACCCCGCUUGGGCAGGGCCCUGCAGACAGCGGGGCUGGAACCGCGCACGACGGGGCUCGGCCCCGGCCCCAGCGGCUGCUCCCGUGGCCAGGCGGCUUCCGACCGCUCCGGGCGAGGCAGGCACCCCCGGGGAGCGGCUGGAAGGAGCGCCCGCCACCGCCACUGGCAAUGCCCCAGCGGGCAGCCGAGGCCCCGCUGCCAGGCGCGGCCCCGCUGUCAGGCUCGGCCCCGCUGCCAGGCGCGGCCCCGCUGUCAGGCUCGGCCCCGGUGUCAGGCGCGGCCCCGCUGCCAGGCUCGGCCCCGCUGUUAGGCUCGGCCCCGCUGCCAGGCGCGGCCCCGGUGUCAGGCGCGGCCCCGGUGUCAGGCGCGGCCCCGCUGCCAGGCUCGGCCCCGCUGCCAGGUUCGGCCCCGCUGCCAGGCGCGGCCCCGGUGUCAGGCUCGGCCCCGCUGCCAGGCGCGGCCCCGCUGCCAGGCUCGGCCCCGGUGUCAGGCGCGGCCCCGCUGCCAGGCUCGGCCCCGCUGCCAGGCGCGGCCCCGGUGUCAGGCGCGGCCCCGGUGUCAGGCGCGGCCCCGCUGCCAGGCUCGGCCCCGCUGCCAGGUUCGGCCCCGCUGCCAGGCGCGGCCCCGGUGUCAGGCUCGGCCCCGCUGCCAGGCGCGGCCCCGCUGCCAGGCUCGGCCCCGGUGUCAGGCGCGGCCCCGCUGCCAGGCUCGUCACUCAACGUCGCCGUCGUGACUCGCGCGUCACUUCCGUGCCCGGCGCGCGGCCCAGGCCCGGCGCGCGGCGGCGGCUCUAUGGUGCGGCGGCGGCGGGGCGCGGGCCGGGGGGCGCCGGGCCGGCCCGCUCGGUGA